AUGGACAAUGGCUACCGGCAUCCGGAAGUGGUUGGUGUUAAUUUCAGAGAUCAGAAUAAAUUCAAAGAGGCCACAAAACUUCUGAAUGAAGCGUUGCAUAUACGUGAGGAGUGCUUGGGCGAAAGUCAUCCAGCUGUUGCGGCAACGUUGAAUAACCUAGCUGUUCUGUACGGUAAACGUGGGAAAUACAAAGAAGCUGAACUGUUAUGUAGGAGAGCUCUGGAAAUCAGAGAGAUGGUUCGAAUUCAAUUCUGA